AUGAGUCGAGACAUCUCACAAGUCACACUGAGACCAGGGACAACAGAAGAUGUUCCCGCCGUGCUUCGGCUCGUCGAUAUAGCCAUCGAGUGGCUCGUUUCUCACGGCAGGACUUCCCAGUGGGGAACCGAGCCGCGAUCCAAAGAUCCUGCCAGAAUCAAGCAGGCCACUGAGUUUGCAGAGUCUGGAGGCAUGUGGCUGGCAGUCACCAAGCCUGACCGUGGUGAUCAGACUAAGAGCGAGCUGGGGAACGAGAUGGCUAGCGGUGACAUUGUCGUGAAAGACGGAGAAUGGGUUAUCGGUGCUCUCACUGUCGGUGAUGCAAUGAGCUAUGUCACGCCAGCUACAGAGCCGGAGCUGUACAUCAAGUUUCUCAUUACGGACCGAUCAUGGGCUGGCUCUGGAUUAGGUACACUCCUGCUUGACAAAGCAAGAGAGCUGGCUCGUCAGGCCAAUGUCACUCUCUUGCGGGUUGACUGCUUUGCUGGCCAGGACCAGAAGCUUGUGAAGUACUAUGAGAGCCAGGGGUUCGUGAGAACUGAGUCUUUCGAGCGCGAUAAUUGGCAAGGUCAAAUCCUGGUCCAGCGUCUUAAUGAAUAG